AUGCACGCUAGCUUCGUAUCAUUACCUUUAAAAAGGCGAGAGAGCCACGCAGUGGUGAAGUUCUAUCCUCUCAUCCCUCCAAGAAUCACUUAUCGCGACCUCUAUAUAACUUGCCCUUUCUCAAAAAAACAACAAUUCUGUCUCUUCGCUAAAUCCAGAAGGAAAAGAAAAAUCCGGAAGUCAAUAUUUGACAAGAUGUUCAAGUCUGUUGUGAUAACCGCUUUACUCGCCAGCUACUUGGGGGUCGCCGUGCAAGGAUACACUCUCCACUUCAAGAACAAUUGCAACUUUCCCGUUUGGCCGGCGGUUGGAAAAGCGCCCAAUGGACAACCCGACCCGUCGGUCUCGUAUGGAACCAAGCUCAACCCGGGCGGCGUAAGCCAAUUCAGCGUGAACGACCGGGAGAUUGGAAUCCGCUCCUGGGGCCGCACCGGGUGCGAUGCGAACGGCGCAAACUGCGCCACCGGCGCCUGUCGAGGUGGGCUUCGUUGCAACGACGGCGGGAUCACCUCGAAAGUGUUGCUUGGAGAGUACGGCUAUCAAUCCUUUGGCAAUGUGAUCUCAUGGGACCUUUCUCGUGUUGAUGGUUCCAUCAACAUCAACACAUCCAUCACCAACGGCGGAAACACCAAGACUUGCAGGCAAAACAACUGUCCAUCCAACCAGGCUUUCGCCCAACCAAACGAUUUCCAAGCCAUCACCACCAGCCCGGUGGGGUCGACUUUCAGCAUCACCUUUUGUGCAUGA